AUGGCUGACGAGCAUGAGACCUUCGAGUCUGCCGACGCUGGCGCGUCCGCGACCUACCCCAUGCAGUGCUCCGCUCUGAGAAAGAACGGUCACGUUGUCAUCAAGGGUCGCCCCUGCAAGAUCGUUGAAAUGUCUACCUCCAAGACUGGCAAGCACGGCCACGCCAAGGUCCACAUCGUCGCCAUCGAUAUCUUCACCAACAAGAAGCUGGAAGAUCUUUCCCCCUCCACCCACAACAUGGACGUCCCCAACGUCACCCGUCGUGAAUACCAGCUCCUUGAUGUCACUGACGACGGUUUCCUCUCCCUCAUGGACGAGGCCGGUAACACCAAGGACGAUGUCAAGCUCCCCGAGGGUGAGGUUGGUGACAAGAUUAACAAGAUGUUCAACGAGGAGGGCAAGGACUGCAACGUCACCAUUCUCACUGCCAUGGGCGAACAGGCCUGCAUGGAUGUCAAGGAGGCUCCCAAAUAA